AGGAAUGAGCUCUCACGCGCAUGCAAAAACGAUUUGCAGCGGAAGCGCAGUGUCAGGCGCUGUUUCUGCGUUGCAUUUCUUGAGAAGCUACAGCUUGUUCACGCCGAAUUCAGAUGUAUGCAGAUACGAGCCAUACAGUUCUAAAGACUACAACUUUGGAAAUAUCGACAUUUUAGAAAGUUCGAAUAUAUCAGAUACAGCGAUCGGUCGAACGCCAUCGCCAUUAACACCCUCGUCCUUGUCAGCAUUUUCACUUCCGGGAUCUUUACUUCAACCACCAUUCGUAACUACUAUGCCACCUUUAAUGCAGUCUAUAAGUGUACCUCCGGCGUUUUCAAAUAGCAAUGCAAUCGUCACUUUUUGGGUGCGAAUAGUAUUACAAGCAUGCAUAGACGACCAAGAAGCGAAAAAAAACCGAUCCCUGACGAUCAGAAAGAUGAAAAAUAUUAUGAAAGGCGUAAACAUUGCUUUGCGAGCAACAAUGUUGGAACAUGAAAAUGCAAUUUUAAGAGCACAAGUGAUAACACUUCGAGAGGAAGCACAAUGUCUAAGACACAUGUUGAUUAAACAACAAGCAUCAUCAUUGCACUCCAUCGAUCGUUCGAUUUCUUCUAUGACACCAGUUACAUUAUCGCCCUCUCAUACAACAGCAACUUUGGAUUGCCAGAUU